AUCAGUCUAGUGUAGAUUCAACAUGGCACAAGAUUUUGAAUACCCACAACAGAAGAUGACGGUGGAAUCGUGGAAGGAAAGCUGGGAGACCUCCGAUAUAGGCUUCCACAACCCAAAUCUUAAUGAAGAGUUCCUAAAAUAUAACAAGAGAAUGCUAACAAGGCCUGGCAUGAGAAUAUUUGUGCCGCUGUGUGGAAAAGCAGUGGAGAUGAAAUGGUUGGCGGAUCAUGGUUAUAAAGUGGUGGGACUAGAGGUAGCACCUGUUCCUUGCAAGGCAUUCUUUGAGGAAAAUAACAUUCCUUAUAAGAUCUCGGAGAUCGGGGCCAUCCAAGGGGAGAAGUAUGAAAGCUUGGAUGAAAACAUUGUCAUUUAUUCCUGUGAUUUUUUUCAUCUUACUGUGGGUAUAUGUGGAGAAUUUGAUGGGAUAUGGGACUGCGGUGGCCUAAAUGCUAUGGAUAUUGAAGACAGGGUGUCCUACAUUCACAAAAUUCGAACCUUCAUGGGAAAGGGGUGCAUCAACUUGACCGAAUUUGUUAACUUUGAUAAGUCUAUGAGUGAUGUUCCGUGGAGCAUGUCCACUGAGGACUUACAGAAAGGCUUUGGGGAGGGGUUUAAGGUGGAGUUUUUAACAAAAGAGGAGGCCUGUCAGGCAUACAAGGACCAAGGCUGCACCUCUGUGGAGCUAUUCAUGAUCACCAAGAUCUAAAUUUAAAAUGAAAGUACCAUCAGGUUUCACUUUGAAAACCAGUUUCAAUUUGAUUUUUUUUCAUUAUUAUUUUUUUUGCUCAGGGGCAUUUUUUAAAAAUGGAAACAACUGGGUUUAAAGAUAUUUUAUUUUCUCAGUGCCAUACUUUAUAUUCGUUGUUUAUAUUCAAUUUUUGUGCUAAAUGUUUAUAUAGUGCCAUAUAUAUAG